AUGUCAUUCUUCUUCUCCUUCUUCGUCGCUGCGCUGGCUGCCAGUGCCAGCGCGCGCAGCGUUGUGCUCGAGCACGUGCCUGUUCUUCCCGCAGACUGGAAGCAGUUGGAGAAUGUUGUCGAUUCUGCCGGGGAGGUCAGCUUCUCGAUUGCUCUCAAGCAGCCAAACAUUGACAUUCCGGCCUUGAUGUCCCAAGGCGGCAAGCACAUUAGCCUGGAUGAGGUGCGCGCUAUACGCGCUCCGGACCAGUCUUGCGUCGACAGAGUCAUGAAGUGGCUCAAGGAUAAGAACAUUUCCAAUGUCAGACAGGAACGUGACAUGAUUCACGUUCAUACCACUGUCGCCGACGCUGAGAAGCUUUUGAGCGGCAACUUCAGCCACUACGCCUAUGACGGCAAGGUUUCCAAGCUUAGGACCCAAGAGUACUCUAUCCCUGAGGAGCUCGUUGAUUCCAUCAGCUUCAUCAACCCGGUUUCCAACUUUAUGAGACCUGCAGGUGAUGACGUCCACCUUUCUCGUCCUCUUGCGAAUUUCCAUGCUGCCAAGCAGAACCAGACCGCCGCCAAAAUUCCCUGCCACGACGGUGUCGGCAUCAGCUGUCUCAAGAAGCUUUACAACAUUACGUAUGAGUCUCCCGAUAGCAACUCUCCCGCGCGCUUGGGCAUCUCGGGCUAUCUUGAACUGCAUGCCAAUCAUGACGAUGUCAGGUCUUUCCUUUCGAAGCAGACUAACAUCACCAACUACGACUUCAAGGUCGAAAAGGUCAAUGGUGGCGAGGACCCCGGCACUCCGGUCGGAAGCGAGGCUGUGCUGGAUCUCGAGUAUGGAAUGGGCAUUGGCUAUCCUGCUGCAGUCACAUAUUAUGCUACUGGCGGCCGCGGAGAUAUGAUUGAGCCAGACGGGCAGCUAGUCAAGGGAAACAAGUCUACCAAUGAGCCGUAUCUGGACUUUAUCAACCAUCUCCUCGAGAAGCCCGAUGACCAGCUCCCGCAUGUCCUGUCAGUUUCAUAUGGUGAGGAUGAGCUAAGCGUCCCGAAGCAGUAUGCGAAGCGUGUUUGCGAUGCGUACGGUCUCUUGACUAAGCGUGGCACCACCAUCGUCCAUGCCUCUGGUGAUGGUGGAUCUACUGGUGGCCACGAUGGCAAUUGUCGUAGCCGAGACGGCAGGAACACCAAUACCACCAUGCCAACGUUUCCUGCUAGCUGUCCCUGGGUCACGACUGUUGGCGCUACGCACCAGGGAAGCAACCCUCAGAAGGGUGCCAACUUUGCCUCUGGCGGAUUCUCUUACUACUUUGACCGCCCUUCGUGGCAGGCGAGCGCCGCCGACGGAUACAUCAAGGGUCUCGACGGCCAUCUCGACGGCUACUAUAACAAGAACGGCCGCGCUAUCCCCGAUGUCUCAAUUGUAGGUGAUAAUUUCUGGGUCAUGCACAACGGUACGUCCAAGUACAUUUGGGGAACGAGCGCCAGCGCCCCCGUCUUUGCGGCUAUGAUUACGCUGGUCAACGAUGCUCGUCUCCGGGCUGGCAAGCAGUCUGUGGGCUACAUCAACGAGUUGCUCUACUCAAAGGAAGGCGUGGCGGCCUUUUCUGAUAUUACCAGGGGCACCAGCUACCACUGCGACUUUGCCGCCCGCGGCUGGCCGGCAACGAAGGGCUGGGACGCUAUCACUGGUCUGGGAGAGCCAAGGGAUUUUAGCAAACUGAUGAAGCUGCUAUACGCAGCCUAA